GUUUUUACGCAUACAGCCUCCAGUCCUGGGAGGCAUUCAGGAGCUGCUUGGUCGCUGUGUGAUACCCUGCCGUGAAAGACAGGGCAGCGGCGCAGGCUGGGAACUGGAUACCAGAGUCCAAAUUAUAAGAUUAGCUGUUUUAAGUGUGGAUAGAAGGACGUGCGAUCCUAGAGAUGCGAACCGUAGCUGCGUAAACGGUGACGCGUAGACAUUUUGUUCUUGAAGUAAAACAUUUUCAGUAACAGUGCAUCGUAUUUUUCGGUUUGAGUUUCUUCAGCUGCAGAAAAGAAGAAGACUUUCAUGUGGCGUGGACGCGCACGGUCUCUCCUCGGACGUUUUUCGUAGAGCUGACCUUGACUUCUUUUUAAAAAGAGACGCAGAGGGGAAAUUUUCUGUUUUUAUUUACGCAUUAACCCCACCAACUGUUUGGAGACAAGACUGAACAGGUUGCCGGAGGUAAGAAGAGGAGAGUCGUGCCUGAAAAGCUGGCUUCGUUUCAGCGAGCGAUGGGUGCUGAAGGAGGCCUUGACAGGAGGAGGCGCCUCACGCGCUGUAGCUGCGCCGCUUGUAGAUGGAUUCUCCAUGUUGGCUUCAGCCUCAGAGGAGACAGCCCGCUCUGAACGUGCGCGAGCCGUGACAACACCUUGUAAAACAUGACGCAUCGCAGCAUAAGGACAGGCAAAAACAUAAGCGACGCCCAGUCUGGAUCAGGCGGCUCUCCUGCCCUCUCCGGCGCGCGCUUGGAGGCCGGUGCCAACGGGACAGCGGGUGGGACCAGAUGGAGGGUUCGGAGGAAGGAUAGACACAUUACUUUUGUAAUGUCAGCAAAGGCCAAGGUGUUGCUGUGGGUUCUUGUGUCUCUGCUGCCCCUGGUGGAAGCAUCUCCUAUGAGAACUACUGCUGCUGGUGUGGGACCAGAUCCAGGCCAUGCUGUGGGCCUGCUGGGAGGCCAGGAGGAGAGAGAGUUUCCUGUGACGCUACCAGAGGUUGUGGAGGACAAGGAGCCGGAAGAUGACAGCGACCCUUACUCUACUGAGCAUGCUCUAUAUGAGCCCUUUGUGACAGGUGAGAUGGCCGACCAUCCCAGGAUCCGCUGGUCGAGGCGUUCUCCACGCUCCUCUGACCCCACAGAACUGCAACCCAAGAAGAAGAAGAGGAAGAAGAAAGAAAAGAAGGCAGAAACGGGGAAAGGGGAUAGGAAGGGUAAAAGCCGGCGGCUGAAGCAGAGCAGCAAGGAGUGCCAUGUGGAGAGGAAACAGAUGCGGGUUCGGGACCUGGGGCUGGGCUACGACUCGGACGAGAUUGUCCUCUUUAAGUUCUGUGUGGGCUCCUGCCAGUCCUCCAGAACUAACUAUGACCUGGCACUGAAGGCGCUGCUGGAAAAUGGCUCGCUGCCUCUGCGCACUGCACGCAAGGUCAGCAGGCACCCCUGCUGCCGGCCAGACCGGUACGAGCCGGUCUCCUUCAUGGACACCCAGACCACAUGGAGGACGAUCCAGUCCCUGUCUGCCGCUAGCUGCAUGUGCAUGGGCUGAAGAGACAAAGGACGGACAGAGUGGCCGGAAUGUUGUAUGGAGGAGGUAGGACUUGAUCAGAGGGGGCGCUAUCACGCUCAGAACACAGGAAGUCAUGGAGGCCACAUGUUGGGUGCAGCUGGACUAUUAAGAGGUCAAAGUUAGAGACUGAGGCGGCAAAUCAUCUGGGGAUCCCAGACUUGAUGUGUUUUUUCCUGCAGGAUACCUGGGGGGCCGGUUCUAGUGGCCACGGUGACACCAUGUUUGGAUUUUAUGUGGGAGAAACCUAAAGGAUGAAGCUCAUGAAGGACUUUCUGCUCACAGCAGAAACAGAAAGCAGCUCUUUCCAGACUUCAUGUUACAUGGAUGAACUCAGCCUAAUGGAUGCCAUGCAUCUUCACGUAUUACUGUGUAAAAGUAAAGUAUAUUUAUUUCAGAUAAAUUAUUUAUUUAUUAUGGCUUGAUAUGAGAGCUGUUUUCUAAUGUAGAUAGAAAUCUAUUUAUUGCCAAGACUCAGAUUUCAUUUUGACAUGCUCACUUACAGAAUGUUGGUCUUUUCUUUAUCUUUACGAGGAGCUGAUGUUCAUGUUUACACAGACAGGAACUCGGGACAAACACUGGGAACAGAAACAGCUCAGCAAGCCGCGUACGGAGAAAAACCACUGCAGUGUGUUCGUAACCCUCUCCAUUUCAUACAGACAUGCUCCUUUUCUUUUCCAGAGCACAUCACCAUAACCUGUUUAUUUCAUUUAGUUUUCAUUUCCAAGGCACAUCAGGUAAUCUGUUUUAAAAUUUUAUUUUUUCAUUUUAUUUAUUCAUAGUGCAUA